UCUCUGACGCCUAUCCUUGGGCUGCUCGCCCAGGACUCUCUGGCACUCCACCUACCCCAGAACAAUCUCACCUUCCUGGGCAAAGCUGAGCUGUCCAACCUCAGCAGCCUGGAGGUACUGGAUCUUUCCAAGAACCACUUUUCAACCGUGCAGCCAGGAGCUUUCCUAGGCCUGAACAGCCUGCGCCGCUUAAACCUGUCCACCAACUACCUCAGUAAACUCAAUAGCGGCACAGUGACAGUCGAGGCCUUCAAUGGAAGUCAGGGGAGUAACGGAUUGAGCAAGGAGGUUUUCAAGGGGCUGUGGCGGCUGCAGGAACUCGAUCUGUCCUCCAACGGCCUCCUGUGGCUGCCCAAGGGCCUGCUGGAUGGGCUUCAGAGACUCACCUGGCUGUCUCUGGCCAGCAACCGGCUUGUCACCCUGGACAGAGUCACAUUUGAACCCCUGGUGGGGCUACAGCACCUCCUGCUGGUAGGAAACCCUUGGAAAUGCGAUUGCAAGCUGAGAGACUUCAAGCACUGGAUGGAGUGGUUGAUUUACAGGGAUGGGCAGGUAGAUGUGAUGCAGUGCAGCCUCCCGGAGGAUUUGAAGGGCAGGGACAUCCGCAGCGUGCCAGCAGAGAUGUUCAGCUACUGCCUCCAGACAUCAACCAAGGAAGGCGCCACUCGGCCUCUGUGCCCGCCCGGCCGGGUCGGAGGCGCCGACGAUUGCAUCCGUCAGCGCUACAGACCCGUGAGCGUCCGCCGGGCGCAGGGCACGCAGGUAGUUGCGGCCGUUGUGUGCGGCACAGUGUGCGUCAUGAUGGUGGUGGCAGCGACUUACGGGUGCGUCUACGCCUCGCUGGUAGCACGCUACCAGAAAGAGAUGAAGAGCCGCGGGCAGCCCCUGAUGGCCGAGUCUGGAGCCGACACCGACCUGGAGGACGGGCAGACGUCAUCCCCGACCUCACUGGAGGAAACGCCGCCCAAAGAGGCCUGCGGCUUCGUGCACAGUUAUCGAAUCAGCAGUUUCUAACACGCUGAUUUCUGCCUCUGUACUUCAGCUCUCAUCGCUGAUGAGACGAGGUCUGCAGAGAGAAAGCCCGCAGCUCACUGGGCGAAAACUCUCCGGGUGGGGACUGAUUGUGCAGCUUAAUGGAGCGGACUAAAUCCAGUGAAGCUGUGAUUCUGCAGUACUUCUUUUAAUGUAUGGAUGCUCUGUGAAUUGUUAUUCCCUGCGCUGCAUCCCUCAGCCAGCUUUGAAACUUCUCUCGAGCUGCUGUUUGGCACUUCCGCACCUUGACUUUCCC